UCAGAUGUCCGGCUACUACUCAAUAACGACAAUCUCCUCAGGGAAGGGGCAGCACAAUGCAUAAAAUCUGCCAUAAAAAAGGAUAUUCAUGAUAUGCUAGUUCAACCCUCUCCUGUUUUUACUGAACCUCAUCUAUAUCUGACAACAGAUGGUUAUGCAAUCCGAAUGCUUCUACUAAUAAAGAAUUUCCAACCUCAAAAGCGCAUUUGCCCAGUAUAACAUGGAUCAGUUCACACCUGUGAAGAUAGAAGGAUAUGAAGAUCAGGUCUUAAUUACAGAGCAUGGUGACCUGGGUAAUAGCAGAUUUUUAGAUCCAAGAAACAAAAUUUCCUUUAAGUUUGAUCACUUACGAAAAGAAGCAAGCGAUGCCCAGCCAGAGGACAUAGAUGGUGGUUUGAAAUCUUGGCGAGAAUCCUGUGACACUGCUUUAAGAACCUAUGUGAAAGAACAUUAUUCCAAUGGCUUCUGCACUGUUUAUGCUAAAACUAUAGAUGGGCAACAGACUAUAAUUGCCUGUAUUGAAAGCCACCAGUUUCAGCCUAAAAACUUCUGGAAUGGCCGUUGGAGAUCAGAGUGGAAAUUCACGAUCUCUCCACCUACAGCCCAGGUAGUUGGAGUGCUCAAGAUUCAGGUUCACUAUUAUGAAGAUGGCAAUGUCCAGUUGGUUAGUCAUAAAGAUGUGCAAGAUUUAAUACCUGUUUCUAAUGAAGUCCAAACUGCCAAGGAGUUCAUUAAAAUCAUAGAGGGUGCAGAAAAUGAGUAUCAGACAGCAAUUAGUGAAAACUAUCAAACAAUGUCAGACACCACUUUCAAGGCCUUGCGCCGGCAACUUCCAGUUACCCGCACCAAAAUCGACUGGAACAAGAUACUCAGCUACAAGAUUGGCAAAGAAAUGCAGAAUGCUUAAAGGCUGACUGUAGGAUUCUUCAGUAUGUGGAAAGAAAAGGAUUCAACACAUGGUCAUAUGAUAAAUAAGUGAUUUAUAAACAAGAGUGAUAUUUUGCUAGGGCUUUCAAAGUUAACAGAUUUUCUAGCCUCAUGAAAUACUGUUGAACCUAUAGCAUUGUCUGUGUGUGUGUGUGUGUGUGUGUGUGUGUGUGUGUGUGUGUGUUCUCUGACUUGUAAUUUUCUCUUAUCACUAUAUCUACUUGUAAAUUUUUUGUUUGUUAAUUCUGCUACAUUUAAUGUUGGAGAGAUCUAUCCUGGAGUUAUUUUACUGCUUAGAAAAUUUUCCUAGCCAUGAUGUCCUGUUACUGAUUUAAGCAGAUAAUAUGUUCAGUACCUUUUUUUCACCCCCUGCUUCUAAGCACUUCUGGUACUUCAGUGGUUUUUACUGAUCCACCAACAGCUAAAGAGACUCUACGAACUGUAGCUAAGUGGAAGACACAUUCAUCCUGCUCCCUCUGACUGCUUUGAUCAUCACUUACAGCAGCAUCUCAUAACUGUAGUUUGCAAAAGUUGGAUUGGGGCUUUUCGGGUCCAUUUUGGGGGCAAAGGAAGUUUUCUGAAAGUUCCAUGAUAGCCAGCUUUUCUGAGGACCUUGUUUUUAAAUCCAAAGACUUGAACCACAUUCCCUGCACAUGAAUAUGCUUGCUUUUUUUCAUCUCCUCAUUGUCUCCUUCUUAAGUAAUUAUAAGCAUCUGCAUUUUUAGGGGAGUUCUGCCUAUUUAUGUUUUUGUUCUAAUAUCCAAGAACUGCUGACUUACUGUAGAUCUGGUGGAGUAUAAAACUUGAAAAAUGCAGACGUUGAAGGAAUAAUAGAUAUCUUGUGCUUUAAUACUUUGUGGCAGAUUGUACUAUAAGCAAAUGAAUCAAACAACUAUGUAAAUCACAAAAACUAAAAAUGAACCAAAGUGAAAAGGAUAACUUCCAGGCAGUAUCUUUGUAUUGUAACCUGUUAUUUAAGGGAAUACUUAGUGCUUUCUUCUAAAUAGAUGUAAAACUUGUUCCAAAUUAUUCUUCCUCAGUCCAGCCUGCCAAGAACUCAUGUAACUGUGAUAUAGCAACCCUUCCCAGGUAUAUUGGCAGGUACGUGUGAUCUCAGAAUAUGCAGGGAACAUAGAUAUGAUAUGGUAAUGGUGGAUUCAUUUACAUUGUUUACACUUCUAUGACCAGGCCUUAAGGGAAGGUCAGUUUUUAAAAAAAAAAAAAAAAAAAAA